AGCCAAUAUUUUUUUGUGCUGGAACUGCCGAUGAAUCGAAAGUGCUUUUUAUUCAUUCUUAACACAGAUUUUUAUUCUAAUAGAUAAUAUUUUUAUAAUAGGUUUACUAAUACGUAAUAAUAUCACUUUAGUGACAUAAUAAUAAGUUAACUUUUCAUAGUUGCGAAGUGUUUUGUGCCACUUUCUAAGUAACUGUAAUUACGAGAAAACAAGUUUCAAUUAAACUUUAAUAUAUCUAAAAGAUAUAAUAAUAAAUAUCUAAGAUAUCCUUCGCUGUCGAACUCGAAAAAACGGUAUAAGUAGUGUCAAUUAAUAAUGCCAUGUAUGCUCCGGAUCAUCUUAGAAGAAAGGAAAUUAGAGAUGCUAUGUACCGUAGCAAUUCAAGCCUUGACUUGAUAUACGCAGAGCACCCAACAGGCAACGGUUUACGGCGCGAAUAUGGGAGUCAUGGCUCAAUUGACGUAAUUGGAGGCACUAGUGAACGGCUCCCCGCGAUGGUACACAAUUACAGUGGACUAAACGCACCCAAUAGGCCGUCGGGGUUAAGCGGUGUGAGUGAUCGAUUCACCGAAGUUUUGGCUGGUGACCACGCAGAUGGGCCAACCCCAAGAGCCAGUGUUAGUCCUAAACCCCGUCUUAAGCUGAACAAGUUUUGGGGUGGUACUACCGCUGUCAUUACUAGACCAGAUACAGAUGGAAUCAUAUCAUCUGUCUCUGACGUUAACAAAAGGAAGCAGUUUGCUCACUAUGAUUGUCAGUCCCUGAUGGCCAAUUUGAGUUAUGCAGCUGUUAUUCGAGGAGCACUUUUGAGUAGACGUCGUAACACAACCACUGGAGCAUCAGCUGCAUCAUUGCUUGCAACACGUGGCUUACCACCGGGGGAGGAUUCUGUUCCCGACACUGGUGAUGGACGUUCCAACGAAUUGCUUGAAAGUUGUCCAGUCUUCCGAAAUGAAUUGGGUGGUGAGGAGGAGCGUUGUGUGUCACUCUGCGCUCGUACAGCUCGGGGGGCUAUCCCUGGGCAGUUUGGAGGGUGGCAUCGUCCCCGGGCUGCAUAUGGUUUUUCAGUCCUGGAGUUUCCUCCGGACCAAACUCACUGGCGGAACGGAUGCCCCUUUGUGAGAUCAAGCUCGCCGCUACCCAUCGAAAGGCUGGAUCUUGGAGCAUUAUAUUAUAGGAACUACUUUUAUACACAACCACACCAAAAUUGGUUCGGAAUGGAUGAAAAUUUAGGUCCGGUAGCAAUUUCAAUAAAAAAGGAACGAGUUGAGUUACGUAGAGGCGGUGGUGAUUCAUCUGCGCCGACCUCUCAACUCGCUUGGCAGUAUCGUCUUAUCAUACGAACCUCGGAACUACUUACACUUCGGGGCUCAAUUCUAGAGGAUGCAUUACCCACCGUCAAACCUAGUAAUAAUAGUGUUUCGUACAACACAAAAGAAGUAUUAGAUUAUGUUGCGGUUGAAUUGCAACUUAGUUGUUUAAGGCUUGGUAUCACUAAUGGCGGUGCUGAAGAACAACUCUUAAGACUGGACGAACAACGCUUAACCAGACAUUACAAAGUCGGUGUUAUGUACUGUAAAAGCGGCCAGUCAACAGAAGAGGAAAUGUACAACAACCAAGAGGCGGGCCCGGCUUUCGUCGAGUUCUUGCAAAUGUUGGGGCAAACUGUUCGAUUAAAAGAUUUCGACAAGUAUAAAGCCGGUCUCGACAACAGGACGGAUUCGACCGGCCUCUACUCCGUCUACACCACGUACCAAGGCUGCGAGAUAAUGUUCCACGUAUCAACAAUGUUGCCGUACACGCCCAACAACAGGCAGCAGUUGUUGAGGAAGCGGCACAUCGGCAACGACAUAGUCACAAUAGUCUUCCAAGAACCGGGCGCGGCGCCUUUCACACCGCGAAACAUUCGGUCUCAGUUUCAACACGUUUUUGUUGUUGUGAGAGUUAUAGACCCGUGUACUGAGAACACACAUUAUAGUUUAGCUGUAAGUCGUGCUAAAGAAGUGCCUUUAUUUGGACCGCCGAUCAAAGAUGGCGCGGUCUACCCCAAGGGUGAAGCGUUCACCGAUUUACUAUUGAGUAAGGUUAUUAAUGGUGAAAAUGCUGCCAUCCAGUCUCCUAAAUUUAGUACAAUGGCUACGCGCACUAGACAAGAGUACCUGAAAGACCUCGCUAGUAAUUAUGUAUCUGCAUCCACUGUGGAUACGGGGCAGAAAUUUUCAAUUUUUUCCUCAUUAUUAAUGAAAAGCGGUAACAAUUCCAACAACAAUGCUAUAAUUCCUCGUAUUGAAGAUUGUAACAACGAUGUUCUUGUCAGAGGUGCCUUAUGUUUCCACGUACAAGUUCAGGAUGAAGGUGCCGGUGGAUCUAUAUUGGACUGCAUAAUGGGUGUAUCUGCUGACUCGAUCGUCAUAGUUGAAGAGAGCUCGAGACAAAUCGUUCUUGCCUUGCCGACUAUUGCUUUGCUUGGGUGGGUGGUAAGUGGCAGCUGGACGCGGAUAUACUACCACCGAGGGGAGAGCGUGCGGGUGAGCGCGGUGACAGGGGAUGGUCUGCUACGUCGACUCGCCAGCGUCGCCCCUCAACACGCGCAGUGUCUUGAUGAGCUCACGCUUGAGAGAGGCACUGCUUCCCAACUAGGCUUCCACGUCCAGGCAGACGGUUUGGUAACGGCGGUAGAGAAUGGUGGAGCCGCUUCCAAGGCAGGCGUGAAACGAGGAGCUCGUCUUCUCGAAGUGUGCCGCGCUGCCGUCAUUGCCUUACCACACGACCAUCUCGUUGACCUGCUCAAGACCUCUGAUCCAGUCACUGUGCGGUUGACAUUUGCGGUGGGCGCACGUUGCGAAUGCCAGAGCGCGUGCGGGGAAGCGUGGGCCCAACAGCCAUCGCGACGCCGCCUGUCUCCGCCGCGAUCUGACACCUCUGGAUAUGGCACUGGUGGUUCAGGGCGCAGUACGACGUCCGGUGGCGGUAACGGGGGAAGUUUGGAAGUGCGAAGACGAAAUCAUGAUGGAUCGUCUCCCAGGCACUCCAGGCGGCCAAGAUCUGCUGCACACUCUUCCCUUACUGAGGAAUUGAUGCGUCUAAUGGACGCAGAGCUAGGUGAAAAUAGAGCAGCUACGGUUUCAGAGGGCAACGGGGUUCCAAGGGAAGUGGGGGGUGCUCCACUUCCUUUGCCUGACGCGUCAGCACUGGAUUGGGCUGCUUUAGUCCACACUGCCACCAGAGCAAUGUUACAGAUUUGUGAGGAGCAUCAGUAUCAAUCGAUAGACCCAGCUGACCCUCCGUUAGAUUCAGCGACAGAUGUCGGCUUGGACACUUGGACAGAGAUGCCCAAUAACAACGCAACGGAGAGCAAAUCGAGCCCGGUUGUCAACACGGACAGAGGGGGCGUGAGUGGCGGGGGCCUCGCGAAUUGCGGAUGCGGACUCGCGGAGCGUGUGGCGACACUCGAGGCGGACGCAGUCACAGCACAAAGACACAGGCACCAUCUCGAAGAAGAGGUCCGCCGGCUUCGACGCCUUAAUGGACGCCUUCGGGAGGAAUCCGCCCGGGCCGUAUGGCAGCUCCGGCAUUUCACGCAGUGGUUCAAACGGACCGUUGACAAGCAGUAAUCAAGGUUUAUUACUAGUAAGUAUUAUCACACAACAAACGGUUUCUAUCUAAAUAACGGGCUUAGGACACACUAUAUAAUUCAAUGGAAAGUCCAAUGACAUAAAUAAUUCAUGAUUAAACGGGAAUUGCCUCAUCGGAAUGGAGUAUUCAUCCUGAAAUCGAUACCUAAACUUCUAUACUAAUAAUAUGGAAUGAAUGUUUGGUGUCGAAUGACUGAACAGAUCCGGUUGAAAUUUAGCACAAAGAAAGAUUAGAGUCUGGAAGAGGCUAACGUAUUAGUUGUUCGCAGACUGCCGCAAGUGCCGCUCUCUCGAAGUUAAUUUCAGAGCUGAAGCAGCGAAUGGCAUUCGUCCCAUGCGUCGACCGUAUCCACUGUGUUAAUGUAAACGGUUUUGUUUCAUCUCGUAAGCUAAUAAUAUAUACAAUGUCUACAUUGUUAAGAAAUAAAAUACAGUGGACCCCCGGUAAUCCGGCAUGCAUGUAACAAUUACAUGCAGUUUAAUUUAAUUCAAUCUUCGUUAAGGCGUGUUUGAGCACGUUGUAAUUAGUUCGCACCGCUGCGAAUGUUCCUGCAGGCGUAUUGUCUCAGUUUGAAUGCGACUAUAGUAGCGGCCUAGCUAUAUCUCUUCUAGAAUCUUAAUGCAUUUUUUUGUAUAAUUUGUUGGAUUACAUGUUAAAAAGUUCCGGACUACAGGGGUUCCGCGGCACUUCACAGUGUACUCUAUAAUCAGACUAGUUCGAUAUUGGGACACCACCUUACAAAAUGUAGAUGCUGAUUAUGUUGCACACAAAUCUCUUAACUAAACUAAAUUUCUAGGUCUAAUAGUAGUGCUAUCCUAUUCAUAAUGUUUGCAGUGGAAAAAGAUGGCUCUAUUUUUUUAGGCUCGGCUAAAUAAAAUAAAUACCUACAGCAAUCUACCUACAGCAACACUUUUACACAUCAUGUAACUAGAUGGCUCUCUUCUGAUUCCCUACUUAUCGUAUUAACUUACACGCGAACGAAUAAGUAGAAAUCUCACACAAAUCUCACUCUCACUGUAUAUAAAUUAAGUUUGGUUUACACAUUUAUGUACAACACAGUCGGUACCAGUGUAUCUCUAAUUUAGUUCGUAUGUUUUUUUUGCAAAAAUUAAAAAAAAAACUUAAAACAACAAACGCACGCUCGUGCGGCUUUGUGCGAUCAACUUUUUGACGACAGAAUCUGGAAUUAUUCAUCUCUAAAGGGUCUUCAGGAGUCCUUAGAACUUUUGUAAAUGUAGGUAGUUGUAAUGUAACAGUAAUAAUAUAACUCAAUUUCCAAAGAGUUGCUACAACACUCGAAAUUUAAAUGAACGUAAAUAAAAAAAAAACUUGAAAAAAAGCGCUAUAUCUUAUGAAUUAUGUGCCUUGUUAGCUGAAGAAAGGACAACCGCUUGAAUGGUACCGAACAAUACGUGCGUUAUUCAUUCAUAUAUUAGAUAACAGUUGACAGUGGCGUGCACUUCAUACAU